CUUUCCUACUUGAAAAAUCAAGGGGGUGAUCGGUGAAACAACUUACGUCAACUUAAUUGGUUUUCAAAUGUAAGAUCGUUUUAGACGACGGAAAGUGACUUGAAUGAGACUAAAAAUCAUUGCCUCUGAGACUGAAAUAAGCGUUUAAUUUUACUAGUUGCUUGACAUUAUUACGGCUAUUUACAGCUCUAAGAUGCAUGUUCUGCCGAAAUAUAAAACAUUGGUCGCCUAGUUCAGCAUUCCAGGAAUGCAACCAACAUCAAUCAUGGCAGACUAUGGAGAUAGGAAGAUCAAAGAUGCACAGAUGAGAGCAAGUAUUAAUCAGAAACUGGUAGAGACGGGAGAGAAAGAGAGACUGAAGGAGCUCCUGAGGAAUAAGCUGAUAGAGUCUGGCUGGAGGGAUGAACUAAAAGCUCACUGCAAAGAGGUUGUGAGGAGAAAAGGACUUGAGCAUGUGACUGUAGAUGAUUUAGUAGCUGAAAUAACACCUAAAGGAAGAGAACUUGUACCCGAUGAGGUGAAACGAGAAUUGCUUCAUCGGAUUCGAGCCUUUCUGGCCCAGCAAUCAAACAUCUGAUACUCCUGUGAGUGAGGUCUGUGAUGCGUGUCCAGCAAAUCUCCUGAUUGUUAUGCCAAAGACUGAAUUGCUCAUCAUGAGUUAUGUUUCUGGCAACUCUCCUGAUAAGUGUCAAAGACUAUCAUCAUGGGGAUGUGUGUCCAACUCCACCUUGAUUUCUCAUCAGUGAAUUCUCAAGUUAUUACCUCUACUAGAAUGUUUAGGGUGCAUCUAAGUACAUUUUUAUCCAUUCAAAGGGUUGAUCAUACUGUCAGCUCUACUUAGUCAAAGUUGUUUCGGGUGAAUAAAUUACUUUCAAACAGAACUUUUAAAGUCCACUUUUCAUAAUGUUUUUUUCCGUUUCAAACCUUUUAUUAAUUGUGUUUCAUCAAAUAUGUGUAUUUCUGUUCGAAAUGACUAGAGCAAAAUUCACUGAAAAAUUAAAAAGGUCAACAGUAGAUGAAAUGCCCUUUGUUUGAAUGAUUCUGUUACAUUUCUAAUCAGAUUGCUUGUGCUCUAGUUUCUAAACCUGAAUGUCACUGACUGAUGUACCAUUCAAAUAAGUCUAGUCUUUUGGAGUUCUGAGUGUUUUUUGAGGCAUUCCUGAAAACUUUGAUCCAUUUUUAGUUGAGUAGUUCCUGAGGGGAAACAAAAACACACUUAAAAGAUGCUGAGAUGCAAUCAUUUUUCUAUGGCCUUUUUUAUAUGGGCCCUCUUCAUAUGCUGUUUAAGUUGAGAUUAGAAUGAGAGAUCCUGAAUGGUACUGGUAGUUCUCCAGGCUGGUAACAAAAUGAUAUAGAAACUGAAAAUACUUCAACUCUCUUUUGGGGCAACAUAAUGUCUAAAAAAAACUAAUUAAAAUGUAUGCUUCGAGACGUUUUAUAUGAAAAAUCUCAUGAACUUGGAUUUGUUUUUUGUGUGUGUCAUAUGAAGCACAUUUCAUUAUUCAUAGUUGCUUUGAUUAAAUUUGCUCAGCAUCCUACAGAAUUUAGAAGAAUAUAUUGAAAAUGAUAGUUCAGGAUAUAUUACAUCAUUAAUGCAUGUUGUAGAAAUGUAAAGAUACUGCAUUAACUGCAUACUUAAUUGAAAUUGGUGUAUGUUCAUGAUUAAAGGUCACUAUCCCAGCAAAAAGUUUUUUUUUUAUAAAAUAUUGAAAAUCAACAAGCAUAUCAGUAAUUUUUUUAAUCAAAUUGUAUGUAGAAAAGGAAAGUUACAAUGUUAAUUUUGACAGAAGUCUCACUAUUAUGCUCGUUUGAUUAAAAAAAAAUUAUAUUCAAUCAACUUUUUGCUGGGAUGACCUAUGGAUGAAUUACACGUUGGUGAGAUCCUUGGGUUCAUCUGUACGUGUACUUCUGAAUAUGUUUUAUUUUUUAUACAUAUGGUAUGUCUUGAAAUUUCCUGAAGUAGAAUUAAUUUUGAAUACUACAUUUUUAAAGCAUUCACACGUAAAUUUUAUCCUUUUUUUGUGGUCUGAAUCUGUGCAUUUUGAGACCUUUAUCAUGAUUACUUGAUUUAAAUUUUCACGUUUUCUUCAUGUAGGCUUCAGUAGACAUUCAGCAAAAACUUCAUGUGAAAUGUGAUAGGGUCAAUCCAAAACAUUAUAUUGGGUCAAAAUGCCCCCUCCACCCCAAAAAAUAAAAAAGAACUAGAACCCCUAAAUAUAAUAUAAAAAAAUUAAUUGAAAUUCAUGGAACUUGGUACUUUGACCUAAACCAAAAUAUGCUUAGGCUUCUCUUUGAACUUUGAAUUCAGUUUGUUAAUGAUGGCAUUUCUUAAACCCAUUAGUAUUUUUUAUUUCUAAUUUGUAUGAUAUAGCCCUGGACAGUUCUUAAUUCAAUUGUAUGUAUUUGGCUAGUGACUUGAUGUAUUAGGCUAGUGACUUGAUGUAUUAAAGUUUAUUCAUGGAAUGUUGUGACAUACCAUUUGGGUAAUUUCGACAUAUCAGACCGAAGCUGGUCCUGGCCACCUUUUCUUCAACCCAUUUGCUCUGAUGGAAAAAAAUAUUUCAGUCAACAGCAUCCCAUAGAUUUAUUACAUUAUGACUGGGAAGAAACAGAUUUCAUUUGAGCAUGAAAUCAAUGCAGUCAUUCAAAAAGUGAAUUGUAUACAGUGAACUUUCUUGCAGUGGCAUUAUAUCAUGAGAUACAUGUAUUUGGUGUAUAUUGUAGAUGUUUCCCAAUUUUAUGAAGGCAGCCAGAUAUACAACAAAUGCCUUGUGUGUGAAUUCUAAAAGUAUUCAGAAUUGACUUAUAUAAUUUAGAAUCCCUUUCCUUUAUAUAAAAAAAAUACAGGAGUAAAGAAAAAACCGUUGUGUUGGUUCAAUACAAAAUAUUAAUUGCAUUGAACUUUGGAAAUACUGGUUUGUCACAUGCCAAAAUUCACACAAAAUUCUUUGUUUGUAAUAAGAGCAAUCAGAAACUUGAGUCUGCUGCUAUAUAGAUAGAUAACUUGUCAUCUUAGAGAUCCAUUGUGGUUAUUUUGCAUUUUCUGAGAGAUCUUGGAUUUCUGUUGCCUUACUUUGUAAAAAUGUAUAUAUGUAUUUUUGUUGCAAUUUGUGUAUAAAUAAAUCUGUAAUCUCUGUUCAAUGAUAAA